AUGUAUCAGAAUCAUGGGAUGACGAGCCAGCAGCAAAAUCAAGCGGCUGGAGGUCUACCUCCACAGGGACCCCCACCGGCUGACCGCGGCUCGCCUGCAUCAAUACACUCCCAUCGAGAAAUUUUGGGGGCAACUCGACGAAUAUUGACCCCAAGGUCUCCCCGGGGUAGUGCCGCGGGUCAUAUACCACCACCUCAAGUGCUAAAUACUCCUCAAUCUCAUUACUAUCCUGCUCCUCCCCCCGCGUCAAACCGAGGCUAUCCAACUGAGUCUCCUGUAGGGCAACACGCUCAAUCACCGCGAAUUAAUGGUCCCCAGCCUCUAGGUCCUCAGUACGGAAGAGUUCACCCAUCUGGAGUUGGUCCUCCGACCACUUUGGCUCCGUUAACAACACCACCGCCUCGAUCCCUUUCUCAACCAAUCGCAAGCCAGUUUAAUCCUCCCGGGCACGAACCACAGCAGACACAAGGAAGUGCCGGUAACCAUAUGAGACCUCAUAUGUAUGGGCAGACCCCGCCGUACUCGACGGGAGUUCCACCCAGUGCACGUUUUCCGCCACCUUCUCUUCCAAUGGGCGAUUCAAGAUGGUCAAGCAUACUUGGAAGUGCGGGUCAGGUGGGUUCGCCGGGCGUUCGGGGUAUGAUGAGCAUGGAUGGGCAUGCGGCAAUGAAUGUAGGUGGAGAACCCUUGAUUGUCCCCUUAGACAUGUACAAUGGGUCAAAACAAGCCGACGAGAAACGACAGAGAAACGCGGGUGCUUCCGCAAGGUUCCGAGCCAGGAAGAAGGACAAGGAAAUACAACAAGGGAUGAGGAUACAGGAGCUGGAGAGUCAAAACCGCGAACUUCAAAAGCGGCAACAGGAAGCAGAGAAUGAACGGGACAGGUACCGUAGUGAUCGAGAUCGACUUCGCGAUAUCGUCUAUCGAACUCCUGGAAUUAGCGAGCUUGCCUACCAAGGGCCUCCUAGUCCCAUCUCGACAAGGAGUGGUGGCUCUUUCGCAGAAAGGAGUCCACUCGCCUCUAAUCAGCCUACACUACCAAUGCCUUCUUAUGGAGGUGCCGAUCCUGUGACGGGUGAAAGGGCGGCACGACGACGCCGGACGGAUCCUCAACUCGAGAGCUAUAGCCCAUCCUAUAGCAUGGCUCAGACCAAUUUGCCAUCAAUGUCCCAACCUGUGCAUACACCUUUAUCACAACCGGGAACUCCUUCGUCUAUGGCUCGGACCUCGCGACUACCUCCUUUACGGUUGGAUCAACCGGCUGGAACUCCAAGCAGCGGGCCGCCUACUUCAGGCACUCCGGUGCAGAGCUUCCCACCAUACAAGCGGGAGCCGUACGAAACCGGUUGGGCGACACGAUCCAGUGCGCCACAUGAUCCAAGCCAGCGUUAA